AUUACUAAUUUUUGACCGACGGCUAUGUCGGUACAGUUGGAACGCGGACGCCGCAUCCGACGCUUGUCUAGAAAUUUGUUGAGUUUUAUUCUUCGCGUCUCGAGCUAUGAACGGAAAAGGGAUGAGGAGGAAAAAGUCUUCUCUUUCUGAAGUUAAAGUGGCUGUUAUUGGUGCUCCUGGGGUUGGAAAAAGUGCACUGUCAGUGAGAUUUCUAACAAGAAGAUAUAUAGGAGAAUAUGACCAUCAGUCAGAAACUAGGUAUAAACACGAAGUACUGGUGGACAACGAACCCGUUCUCUACGAGAUAUUAGACACAUGUCCAAAGAAUGAAGAUGAUCUCCCUCCCGCAGAAACCAUAAAUUGGGCAGAUGGCUUGCUUUUGGUCUACUCGAUCAUAGACAGACGUUCUAUUUCGUAUCUAAGAAGAGUAGGAUCACUCAUUGCCGAUUUCGACAUUCCUGUGUAUAUAGUUGCCAACAAAAAUGAUAUGGUCCACCUUCGAGAAGUAAGCGCCGAGGAAGGCGCCAUCUUGGCGCGUCAUUUCGAAUGCGGUUUCUCAGAAGUCGCGGCAGCAGAGAUGGUGGCGCCAGUUGCCGUCGUGUUUCAAGAGCUCUGCAGGUCGGUGCUGGCGGCCCGCAGGAAAUCGAAGCAUUCCCUGCUGGAGAGAAUGCUGGGGACUAGAACUAGUAAUCUCCGACUCUACGCUAGAGGGAAGAGCGACAGUGCUUUGCCGAAGGACUGAUGGGUGUACUGUGUGAAAUUUUGGAUAUUUUGUUGGCAAUUGAUGUUACUUUUCAACCAAUAUGGCCUAUGUUUGUGUGAUAUGGUUGUGCAAAAAUGUUUUCUACUUUCAGUAUAUAUUUAUCACAAUAAUCACUGAGGCACUUUAUGAUUGUCCUCAAUUCAAGCAUUGAAUAAUUAUUCGUUUCAUGUUUAAAUGAAACAUUCGAUAAAUUACUUAUUGAUAUUUCUUAUUGGGAGAAAUUUAACAAAAUCGUAUGAAAAUAUUUUUCACAAUAAUCAAGAGUUUAUUCAUUCUCAAAUAUAGCAAAAUUUGUCCAAAAUAUUUUUUUGAUAGAUGUUCAUAUUUAUAUUGGCUAAUAUACUAUUAAAUUAAAUAUCUAAUAUAUUUGUAAUAUUAAAUAAAUAAUUUGGAGGUGUCAUUGAAGUUUUGUACGGUAAAGUAUAGUUUGCUCAUUAGUGAGCAGAAUAUUCACAAUGUACAGAAUAGUAAGUUUGGAGUUUGUUAUUUUUAAUUGUUAAUAAAAAAGUUUGUGGAUAUAGUUGAAUAUAGGAAGAAGGAAAUAACUUUUGUCUGAUGUCUACUUAAUUUCCAUUUCAACAUUGAAUUAUGAAAGGAACACUUUUUUCUAUGAACAUGGGGAAAUAGAAAGCCAGCACCUUCCUUUCCCAAGAAUGUAUCUCCCCUGAAAAUAUACCCCUUUCAAUUCAAAUCAGGAUUCCAACUCACUUCGAUAUCCGAACAUAUUUUUAUUCCGACUUGUUGCAUUUUAUUAUAUUUUUAGAUGAGAUAUACAAAUCAGGGGCGAUAUAUCCAUUUCUCGAAUGAAUGUCUGAUUUCAAAAAAACCUAAUACAAGUUCAUAUCGUAAAUCAUUGCUGCUCACUAUUAGAUAAUUUUUAUAUAAUAAUGAUCAGAUCAAAAAACGUUCAAUGUGCCUUCUCAUGUAAAUAUUUGUAGUUAGAUUGUAUUCGUGUAUAUUUAUUUUCAGAGAUAUAGCGUACAACCUUUUGGGUGAAGGUUGUAAACACAUCAAGAUGCAUGGUAUUGGCAAUGCCACUUCAAUCCCUAAUACUUUCAUCAAACACGUGUGAAAUGUUAAUUCGAUCUCUAAAACACCUUAUUUUCAGAGUCAUACGGAAUUAGCUUCUGAAUGAGCAGUGUGCAAAAUCUGUUGAGUGUGUACUUGAUGGUUCAGGUUUAAAAUGCCAAUUCGGUAUGUCUCUGAAAAUACUUUACUCACAGUAGAAUGAAAAUAGUUGCAUAUUUCAUUGAUGUCAAUAAAAUUUUUAAUCAAUA